AUGAUCAACAGCAUCUUUAUCCUGAACAAGAAUGGGGAGGUGAUUAUCGAGAAGCACUACGUGGGCCUCGUGGGGCGGGCCAUUUGCGACAAGUUUUGGGAUGCGGUGACGGAUGUGGACGAUCUGCAGGACGUGCCGCCCGUGCUGGCCACGCCCAAGUGGUACCUCGUGCACAUCCAGCACCGCGGCCUCUUCUUCCUCGCCGUCGUGAAGAACGACACCCCGCCACUGCUCGUGCUCGAGUUCCUCCAGCGCGUGGUCGAGGUCUUCGGCCACUACAUGACCGACGUCACCGAGGAGAGCAUCAAGGACAAGUUCGUCAUCGUCUACCAGGUCCUCGACGAGAUGAUGGACGGCGGCUUCCCCUUCACCACCGAGCCCAACGUCCUCACCUCCAUGAUCAGCAAGACCAACCUCCUCUCCGAGCUCAUGGAGAACAUCCCCGUGCCCGGCACCCUCAACGUGCCGCUGCCGAUGAGCCUCGGCGGCAAGAUCAGCAUGGGCUCGCGCGCCAUCAGCCUCGCCGCCCCGAUCGGCACCUCGAACCAGCUGCCGCGCGCGGCCGGCUCGACGGUGCCCUGGCGCACGGUGGGCGUCAAGUACACCACCAACGAGGUCUACUUUGACAUCAACGAGGAGAUCGACGCCAUCAUCGAUCGCAACGGCCACGUCCUGCGCUGCGUGGCCCACGGCAACGUGCAGGUCAACUGCAAGCUCUCCGGCAUGCCCGACCUGAGCCUCCUCUUCUACAACCCGCGCGUGCUCGAGGACGUCGCCUUCCACCCGUGCAUCCGCUACUCCCGCUGGGACCAGUCCAAGGUCCUCUCCUUCGUGCCCCCCGACGGCGCCUUCAAGCUCAUGGAGUACCGGGUGACGUCGGGUCUGGAGAUUCCGCUGUCGGUGAAGCCGCAGGUGAGCUGGACGAACGGGGGCGGGCGGGUGCACAUCACGGUGAGCGCCAAGAUGUCGGUCAAGCACGCCGUGGGCGACGUGCAGCUCACCAUCCCCUUCUCCAAGCUCGUCUCCUCCACAAACCUCACCGCCACCGCCGGCGAGGUCCAGUACGACGAAAUCAACAAAGUCUGCAUCUGGAAGGUGGGCAAGGUGGGUCGCGAGAAGAGUCCGAUCCUGUCGGGCAACAUCUCGGUGCUGCCGGGGAGCCCGCAGCCGGACAGCAACCCGAUCAUCGAGGUGGGCUUCAGGGUCAACCAGUUCUCGGCGUCGGGCAUCCGGGUGGAGAGCCUCUCGCUCCACAACGAAAAGUACAAACCCUACAAGGGCGUCAAGAACAUCACCUACGCCGGCAACUUCCAGGUCCGCACGUAG